CUCCCUCUCCCUCUCUGUUAUGAUAUGGAAUGUUAAAAGAUUUAAACAAAUUAGUAUCUAACAAUUCUAAAGCUUUUGGAUCAAGGAUCUUUUUAACACUCUCCCUCUCCAUUUUGUGCUCAAACUGGGAUUAAUGGAAAACAGAUUUCAUAUGUUCCAGUUUUCGGCUUUCGAAAACGAACUCAACACUCCUUGACCGCAAAUCAAUACCGUUCAUUUGGAUGUUCUUGCUAAAUCGGUUUCAACUGAUCAAGGUGCUAAAAUUUCUCCUUUUCCCAUUGAAAAUGCAAAACAUGAUCCUUGUCCCUUUUCUAACCCCUUUUUCUAACUCCUAUAUAUUAUUGGUCUUCGAUCCCAUCCAAAGUCCUUGUCUUUCUGCCACGACAAGCACUGGGUUCUAACAUGGGUUUGGUUUUCUUUGGGGAGAAAUGCUUUUCGGUGGAAGGCCACUUUUUCUUGCUCUUCUUUCUAAUUUGUUUCUAACGUGGGUUUCCAGUUCUUCUACAUGGUGGUAAAUGUCUUACCGUAUUCAAUUACUCAAAGGUUACAAAUAUGCUGUAAAUUCAAAAACUUAAGGAAUUAGAAGCAAUCUCUCUCUCGAACGGAUGUUUCUUACAGUUGUGGUUCUUGUGGGUAUGAGCUAAACCUAAGCUCUGGUGAUCGGAAUACCUCAACCAUCGACUCUAAAUAUGGGAAAUCUAUAAAGAAAGGGAUCAUAUCUUUCUUUUACAUUUAUGAGAGCAGAUUUACUCAGAUGGAUGAAAUCCAAUGCAUACCUCACUUUUCUAAGCACUCUUUGGGUUUGAUCUGCCGGAGAACCAAACUUCUUUGCCGCAAGUGUGGUAACCCAAUUGGAAUUGCUUACAAUGACAGGUCAUCGCACCCUAUUGUAUCAGAUGGAAAUGACUCUUCCUCAGAUCUCUCUAUCCCAUCAAUUUCAACUUUAAUAAUGGCAGAGUCAAAGAGGUACAUUUCUCAGGAAGAGCUUCGGAAACACGACCAUGCAGGAGAUCUGUGGAUUUCAAUCCAGGGCAAGAUCUACGAUGUUUCAGUUUGGCUUAAAGACUACCCAGGCGGUGAGCUUCCAUUGCUCAGUCUCGCUGGCCAAGAUGCCACGGACGCGUUCGUUGCGUAUCAUCCGGGCACUGCAUGGCAGUAUCUUCACAAGUUCUUUUUCGGGUAUUACCUUCGUGACUACUAUAUUUCAAAGGCUUCUAAAGAUUACAAGAAACUUGUCUCCAAAUUCUCCAAGAUGGGUCAUUUGAAAAGAUGAUUUGAAAAGAUGGGACACUGAGUGUUCUUUACGCUUUGCUCGAUGGCAAUAUUGUUUGUUGCGAGUGUUACGGUAUUUUGUGCUCUGAUAGCACGUUGGUGCAUCUGGUUUAUUUGAGAUCAUUGAAAAAAAAAAAGGUUAAAAUCUAAAAGCAUCCUGGUAAGCUCACAAUUUCUUCCCUGUUAAUCUUGGACUUAUCCAAUAACCUUUGUCUGGUUAUAAACUCGAGUUUAGGGUCAAAGUUUCCGGCUUGUGAUCACCCACAUUAUGUACAAUAGGUGGUGAGACUUUGAUAAUGACCAGGUUAGAUGGUCAACUUUGGCCCCCCUACUAGAUGUCUCCUACGUAGAGCCAAGGCUGAGAUGGAUUUCGAACCACAUUAAAGGCGUAGAAUGGUCAAGCCGUGCCUUUCACAGCAAUUUUUUCAAUACGCGUUUGUAAAUGUCUAUAUUAUAUGUAGAGACUAGAGAUAGAGAGAGAGCCGACCUUUCCAUAUAAGUUAUAAGCAUCAAACUUCCCUCGUUUCCUUCCCAUUUGCGUUAUCCAAUAUGGAGUCCCCUAGCAUUCCUAAGUUCACAAUUCCUCUCUUUUGCUUCUUUACGCUUUUACUGUGUGCUGCCACACUGAAUCCUGUAUUUGCUUCAAAAGUUUGCAACUUUCCAGCAGUCUUUAACUUUGGCGACUCAAAUUCCGAUACCGGAGGAUUGUCUGCUACCCUCAUAAGAGCCACUCCGCCUUAUGGGGAGACCUAUUUUCGUAGGCCUGCCGGAAGGUUCUCUGAUGGCCGGCUCACGAUUGAUUUCAUGGCAAUGGGUGUUGGUCUUCCAUAUCUGAGUGCAUACCUUGAUUCCUUGGGAGCUAACUUCACACACGGUGCAAACUUUGCCACGUCUGCAUCCACAAUCAGACUACCAUCCAGAAUUAUACCUGCGGGUGGAUUUAGUCCCUUCUACCUCGAUAUCCAAUACUCACAAUUUGUGCAGUUCAAAGAAAGAUCACAGAUUAUAAGACGACAAGGAGGAAUAUAUGCACAUUUGAUGCCCAAGAAUGAUUAUUUUCCUAAAGCUUUAUACACAUUUGAUAUCGGUCAGAAUGAUCUUGGUGAGGGAUUCUUUGGUAACAUGACUGUAGAGCAAGUCAAUGCUUCUAUUCCCGAUAUUCUUGACAAGUUCUCUCUUAAUGUUAAGAAUAUAUAUAAGUUGGGAGCUAGAUCAUUUUGGAUCCACAAUACUGGACCAAUUGGUUGCCUUCCCUAUAUUUUGGCCAAUUUUCCAUCAGCUCAAAGGGACAGCCAUGGCUGUGCAAAGCCUUAUAAUGAUGUAGCUCAGUCUUUCAAUCACAAGUUGAAGGAGGCCAUUGUUCAACUCAGGAUCGAUCUUCCUUCAGCUGCAAUCACAUAUGUAGAUGUCUACUCUGUCAAGUACUCUCUUUAUAGGGAACCACAGAAAUACGGAUUUGAGCUUCCACUUGUUGCCUGUUGUGGGUAUGGAGGAAAGUACAACUACAGCAGUAGUGUUGGGUGUGGAGGAACAGUGACUAUGAAUGGAAGCGAAAUAUUUGUUGGUUCAUGUGAGCGCCCCUCGGUCAGAGUAAAUUGGGAUGGAAUUCACUAUACUGAGGCUGCCAACAAGUUUGUCUUUUCCCAGAUUUCAAGUGGAGCGUUUUCAGAUCCACCUGUAUCCUUGAAAAUGGCAUGUCACCAAGUUUAAAUUCCUAUGCAAAUAAAAGGAGAAAUGAUUGUAUAAGUUCCAAAUAAAUAAAUUCAUGCAAGGAUUUAUAAAAAAAAGUAGACCCAUCUUAAAAAAGUGUAAAAAAAAAAAUCAUUUUUUUAGUGGGAUCUACCAUUUUAUAAAGAGUUUAUGCAAGAUUUAUCUAUUUAAAAUUUGUACUUAACAUUACUCAAAUAAAAAUAAGCCUGCAGAGGUAUUUCGUGGUAGGCCACAUUAUUUAAUAAAAUGACUGUUUAUUAUGA